GGGAUUUAGCUACCGUCCAUCUUUAGCUAGGGUACAGCGAGAUUGUCGAAAAGAAAACAAAUUGGAAGUAAAGAAGAGUUUUCGGAAUUAGUCUUGGCAAUAAUUCAGAAAGAAAAAAACGAAAGCCCAGAAAUUAGCUGACUUUGUGACAGACGGAAUGUGGACAGUCUCGUAGUCAAAGCCAUGGCUGACAAGAGAAAACUUCAAGGUGAAAUCGACAGAUGUUUGAAAAAAGUAGCUGAAGGUGUAGAACAGUUUGAAGAUAUUUGGCAGAAGCUUCACAAUGCAGCCAACGCAAACCAGAAGGAAAAAUAUGAGGCGGACCUCAAAAAAGAGAUUAAAAAACUACAACGACUGAGAGAUCAGAUUAAAACAUGGCUGGCUUCAAACGAGAUCAAAGACAAAAGGCAGCUAGUUGAGAAUCGCAAACUUAUCGAGACGCAAAUGGAGCGGUUCAAGGUGGUCGAGCGAGAAACAAAAACCAAGGCCUAUUCUAAAGAAGGAUUGGGGCUGGCCCAGAAAGUGGAUCCAGCCCAGAGGGAAAAGGAAGAAACUGGACAGUGGCUAACGAAUACGAUAGACACUUUAAAUAUGCAGGUGGACCAGUUUGAGAGUGAGGUGGAGUCUCUCUCUGUUCAGACGAGAAAGAAGAAGGGCGAUAAAGAGAAGCAAGACCGUAUUGAAGAGCUCAAGCGGUUAAUUGAGAGGCACAGAUUCCACAUUCGUAUGCUGGAAACCAUUUUGCGUAUGCUGGACAACGAUUCAGUGCAAGUGGACUCCAUCCAGAAGAUCAAGGAUGAUGUAGAAUAUUACAUUGACUCCUCGCAGGACCCAGACUUCGAGGAGAAUGAAUUCCUGUAUGACGACUUAGAUCUGGAAGACAUCCCUGCAGCACUAGUCGCCACUUCACCGUCAGGACAGGGAAACAUCGAGGACGAGAUGUUUCUCCACUCCAGCAGCACUCCCACUUCCACCACCUCCUCCUCACCCAUCCCUCCAUCUCCAGCCACUUGCACUGCCGAGAACUCAGAGGACGAUAAGAAAAGGGGACGGUCGACAGACAGUGAAGUUAGUCAGUCACCUGUGAAGAAUGGCACCCCCUCCUUAUUGUCUUCCUUCUCUUCCUCGACCACCUCCGGCUCCUCCUCAUCCUCCUCACUUGUGUCUAUGGCGAGUGUCGUCGUGGGCCUCCCUGUGGUUCCCACGAGCAACAGUCUCAUAGGAAGCUUCAGUAGUGCGGUGCAGCAACAUCAACAUCAACCUCCGCAGCAGCAACCUCAGCCACCCAGCCAACAACAGCAGCAGCCACCUCAACAAACAAAACCUUCUGCCCCCUCAAACAACACCCCCAGCCCGCCCAGCCAUCCGACUCUUCCAGCCUCCACCACCUCCUCUCUCCCAACUCCCAGCAUACCCAGCUCAGUUGCUCCCAUCUCCCAGUCCCAGCCCUCAUCAGGGCCUACCCCGGCCUCCAGCUUGGGACUUGGGUUGGGGCUAGGUUUGAGCAAAGUUGGCAUGACGGGGACCAGCAGUGCCAACCAGAUGUCUGGUUUAGGCCUGAGUGGCAUGCAGACCCCUUUGAACACAAUGGCAGGACUGAUUUCGGGUUCUACUCCUGCCCCUUACGCUCAGGCAGCAGCAUCAGGAGGCCUGGGCUUGAGCAGCACCAACCAGUCGAGUGUUUCAGCAGAGAGCAGCACCUCCAUCUCCGCCUCUGGCUCCAGUGGAGUCACCACCAAUGGGGCUGGGACAGGGCUCGGCUUGCUGGGUUCUAGCCCAGCUCACAGCUCUCUGACGGGGGGUAUUCUGGGUCUGGUCCCAGGCCAAAACAUAGCCCCUGGCACCUCUCAGGUGCCCCCUGUUAGUGCUGCCCCUGGAGGGGUAGCGGGUAUGAUGGGAGGUAAUGGAGGGAACGUCGGAGGGGUAGGGGUGAACUCAGCUGCUGCUAGACCACCAAGUGGACUGAAACAAAAUGGAAGCACAAGUUACAGUGCCGUAGUGGCAGAGAGUUCCACGGAGUCAGCCCUAAGCACACCUAGCCAAUCACAAAACAGCCAGCCCUCAUCUCUCACCUCCUCAGCCAGUCAGCCGAUGGACAAUGGUCCGAGCUUGAUCAGCUCCAUCACCCUGCCCCCGAGCUCUCCGUCCCCUUCGUUUUCAGACAGCACGCCUGGAGGAGGGAGUCUUCUCAAUGGGCCCCAUUCUUACACACAAGCUUCUGAGGGCCUCAAGCUCCCCACAGACCACCGUCACAUACUGAGGGAGUCCAGAGUGACAGCACAGGCAGCAGAGCCACCAGGGACCAUGGCAACAGCCACUAACACACGAAAGAGAAAGCAGUGUCAGGCUCCAGAGCCUCUUAGUUCCCUGAAGGCAAUGGCUGAGAGGGCGGCCCUUGGAACAAGCUUGGAUGGAGAGAUCCCCAACUUACACCUAACAGACAGAGAUAUCUUCUCUGGUUCAUCUGCAGCCCCUGGCACCCCGGCAGCUCCCCAGCCAUCCCCGUCGGAGGUCAGCAUACCCCCCUCGCUGGGGGUGUGUCCACUCGGUCCCACACCUCUCCCCAAAGAUCAGCUCUACCAGCAGGCCAUGCAGGAAUCUGCAUGGACACACAUGCCUCACCCGUCUGAUUCUGAGAGGAUCAGGCAAUACCUGAUGAGGAAUCCAUGCCCCACCUUGCCCUUCCAUCACCAGAUGCCACCUCACCACUCUGACUCAAUAGAGUUUUACCAGAGACUGUCAACAGAAACCCUCUUCUUCAUCUUCUACUAUUUAGAGGGCACCAAGGCUCAGUAUCUGUCUGCCAAGGCUCUGAAGAAACAGUCCUGGAGGUUCCACACCAAGUACAUGAUGUGGUUCCAGAGGCACGAGGAACCCAAGACUAUCACUGAUGAGUUUGAACAGGGCACUUACAUUUACUUUGACUAUGAGAAAUGGGGCCAGAGAAAAAAGGAGGGGUUCACCUUUGAGUAUAGGUACCUUGAAGACCGAGACCUGCAGUGACAAACAAGAGGGAUGCGCAAGGAAGGAAAUAAAGAGAGAAAACGUGCUGCUGUUGACAUUCCGAGACUGAACUCCAUGCUGUGGAUAGAGAUUGUGAUGUGUAGUAGAAGCCCUCUCCUAUAAUGGAGAACCGGUGUCUGUAUAGGCUGCAUCUCACAUGAAGCCCCCGCUCCUCCAUGUAUGUGCGUUACUUUUGACCAUCGGCCCUGUGGGCCUGAUCAGACGCAGCGCACCGCAUGGGGCUAAAAGGGUAUCAUGUGAGAUCUGCGUUUGUGCCUGUCUGUGUGCACACUCAGUAUGUGGCAUUAGGAAAGCCUACCCCAUGCAUGUUUCUCAUGUUAUGUUUUGUUUUAUUUUUUUUCCGUUUCAACAAGAUUCUAUGUACCACCUACCCAACAUGAGCCUGGAACUCUUUGACUCGACACAAAGCAAACAUUGAAUUCGACUGAAGUAAAAUUCCCACUUAUUUACUGUAAUUUGGUGGUUUAGAAUGGGGAAGUACAGUGAACAUUUUAAACAUGGUGUGUAGGAAUGGCUUCUUUUUAAGACCCUAUGAUGCCUGUUGAAUAUGGUCACUAUUAGAGAUAGUGAGCGAUUAUCAAUAGUUUUAUUGAUAUUGUCUUGGUCGAUUUAAACACUGAUUGAGAAUGACCACAGGGCCUCUCCCUGUGACAGGGAAAGAGUCCUUAUUGGACAUGGAUUAAAUUGCUAUGCAAUUGAACUGGUCUCUGACUCCCUCUCUCUUUACAAAUAAAAUGUUUUUAAGUUUAACUGUACAAGAAAAUGCAUCAUUGUGGGGCAUUCAUGUUUGUGAGAAAUUAAUAAAAGUUGUAAAAUAAAUCUUAAAAAUAGCUGAGCGAUAAAUCUGACGUGUAUGAUUCGUGUAUGAUGGAGGAACUCGUUCACCCUCAAAGCAGACCCAGUGAACAGGCCAUUCUCAGUGUUGUGAAUGUAAUUGUGACCGGAUUCAUUCAACUGAACCAAAUUACCUCAUAAUCCCCUCCCAAAAGGUAAUCAUGUCAGUAUUUGUUCACAGAAAUACGAGUUUGGCUUAAGUCAACCCCCCCCCUCCUGCUUUUAAGGUUUUAUACUCUUAUUCUUUUGAAGUUACCUCAUCUAGGUCAUUUACUAUCCGUUGUUCAUUUUAACCACCAGUAGUGAAAACCCUACUGGGUGAAACGGUGAAUGUGCACUGAUAUACUCUGUUUACAUGUGGGGUAUAAAGCAUGUACCAAUGUCUUCUGAAAAACCUGGUGGUGGAUUCAACCUGUAGGAGGGGUGAACUCCGAGGGAUGCAACAUCUCAUCUGCCUUGACUGUUUUUGUGCUCUCCUGUAGAACUAUGGCAGAGUUUACACUGGCACGACAGAUCCUAUCUUUUCCUCGAUUUACAAAAAGAAAAGGAAAAACUUACUUUUUUCCGUGUAAAGGCGAUCGUGAAAAGGUCAGAUCUGUGCUACAGUUAAAAGUAGAUUUUAUGUUGUGUAAGCGUGAAUCAAGUCCUCGACAUUUCUAGUUUUUAGGUGGAAAAGAUGGGGGGGGAGGGGGGGGAGAAGCAAAGUUAAGAAAUAUUUGCCUUCUAUAGAUUCUAUUUUUGGGGCUUAAAGAAAGGGAAGGUCACAGAAAAUUGCUAAAAUGUGAAUUUCAACAACUAUUUACAAUUUUUCUCAUAUUUACUGGUCAAGGUUCUGCAUGGGAGACGUCAUAAUAUGGGGAUACA